CACAGCCGAGAUGUGUCAUUUCGACGGAUAAAUUACCGACCGUCGAGACCGUCCCGUCUCCCGUGCUGUUCCCACACCAGGAUAAUGCCAGAGAACGGCCGUUAGCGGCGAUCAUUUCUGCUCGUUUUUACCGAUGAAAACACCUGCUCUGUAAAACAGCCUCUCUCGGUUCGUGUUCAGGAUGGGGAUGGUCUUUCUGACGGGCAACAUGUCCCUCAUCUCGUUGACUUUGGCGCUGCUGGCCGUCGUCCUCUGCACUUCUCCGGUCAGUGGGAAUGAGGACUGUCUGUGGUACGUGGAUAAAAAUGGCACCUGGCACAAUGGCUUCGACUGCCCUCUCAUCACAUUCUGCUGUGGGAACUGCCACCGGCGCUACUGCUGCUUGGACGCCUUCAAGAUGAUCACGGAGCGGGAGCAGAAACGCUGCAUGCUCUUCCAGUUUAGCCCCACCACUUUAGCUGGAAUUGCCUCCUCCAUCCUCCUGUUUGUGGCCAUCAUUGCAACUAUGGUCUGCUGCUUCAUGUGCUCCUGCUGUUACCUCUACCAGAGAAGGCAGCAGAGGGGCAGGACACCUUAUGAUGCCCAGCAGAUCCCUAUGGCCAGCUACCCAGUGGAGCCCAUGUAUGAUGCGUAUGGAAAACCACUUGGACCCUCUGACUACCCACAUGCAGGUUAUCCAAUGGCGCCCCAGUAUCCUGGCAUGCCCCCACAAUACCCAAUGAUGCAGCCCAGUCCUUACCCACCACACCCGAUGGAUCCUGCAUACAGCCAGGCCCCACCACCGUACUCUCCACCUCAGUAUCCUGGUCACUGAUGGGCUCAUCUUCAUACACACAGUGAGAAACAACUGCAGCUGAGAGAAAUGACUGUUACAAAAGGAGAAGGCAGCAACACUCUCUCACACUCACUCACUCACACACACACACACACACACACACACACACAAACACGAUGAAAUAAACACUCAAACGCUACAACUUGACUAGCAGUGGUUUGCCUGUGAAAGAGAAUAGGAGGCACUUUAAGGUUUUCUUUUUUUGUUUUGUUGUUGUUUAUUUACAGCGUCGUCCUUCUUUUCCACAGUACUAAUGUAAAUCAGAUUCUGUCCGGCAACCUGAUGCCUGACUGCCCAGGGUGGGUUUCACAGCGGGCGUCGCAUGAUCCUUAGAGUGACGAGGUAUCCAUGUCUCAAUGCUGUGCUGCCUCUUCUGCUCUGGCACACACACCUCAAUGACAGGGCAUCAUCUAAAGAGAGUGCUCAUUACCUUACAGAAAAGGGAUCAGAAGGGAUGAUAGUACACUCCCUCUUUGUUUGUGAAAGAAAAAAAUGCUUUGUUUCCUCACUUUUGUUAAAUUUGAAUAAAUUGAUUACUGCCAAUGGCUACAUUCCAGGUUAUCUCUGUGACUGAUCCACAUUCUCCAGUUAUGAUAACAUGAUGUCUUUGUAUCUGUAUUUGAUGUUUGUUUGUUUUUUCCACAAAGUUUGUCAUAGCUGAAAAUGCAAACAAAUUAAUAAUAAGGGAUGCAUGUUCAAUUAAGACAGAGACAUAUUUGGAUAAUAGGCAGAUGGCUUAGUGGUUUUAUGGUACCACCAGUGCUGUGUACGAAAGCUUUUGUCACCCGUUAGUUUGAACUUUGUCUUGUCUUUUUUUGUAUCUGGCUUGAGUAAUUGCUUCAAGGUAGUUUAUUAGUACCACCCUUUUCAUGUUCCAUCUCAACUUCAGCAUGCUACCCAGUCAAAGUUACCUGUCCUCUUCUGCUUCUUUUUGUGGUUUUAAAUAAAUUAGAGAUGAAUCUUAAGAUUAAUCCCAUUACACCAGGUAGGAUGACAGUGAAAUUCAUGUUAAAUGUUUAUUUCUUGUAACAUAUCGGAUCAGGGGAGCUGCAGGUGACGCUGCUUGAUUAAAACAAAAUGUCCCGCCUUACAAUAACUAACCAUGAAAAAGAAGAGAUUAACUAUUUAAAUACCUAUUUUGUAAAUCGGUUCUUCAGCUGAAUAUUUUAUGAUAUUGUAACAGGUUAUUUUAAAACUGUGUAUUGUUAUUGUAACAUAAAAUAUGAUGUUUUGGCAUCUUUCCAUUUAGUAUUUAUUAUUAUUGAAGUUACCUUUUACUGUGAAUGGGUUCUCACCUUCUGGACAAAGCUACAAAGCCAAAAAUGACUACUGUUAAAAAGAAAAAGAAGAAAAAAGUCGUUGACCACCUCACGUUAAAGGAUUUGUGUGACAUUUUGGGAAAUACGCUUUCUAGCAGAGAAGAUUGAUACCUCUCGUACAUGUGUACAGUACAGGGGUGAAAGAAGCACUCCUCUCCCUUACUUAUGUAAAAGUACAGUAUAGAAAUACAAAUGCCUGAAGUAAAAUAGAAUUAGCUGUAAAAUGUACCAAAAGUAAAAGUACUCAUUGUGCACAGUGGUCUGUUUUAGAAUAACAUAUAUACUAUGCUACUAAAUUAUAAUUAUUGAUGCAAUAAUGUUGCAGAUGGUAAAGGUGAAACAUAUAUUUGAAUUUUUGUGGUGGUUAUUUUGUAUCAAUAAUGAGAACCUGCAACCUAACUAAUAUUCUAUAAAUGUAGUGAAGUAAAAAGUGCAAUUUUUUCCCCUGACAUACAGUGACCCAGAGGUAUUAAGUAGCAUAAAAUAGAAAUAGUAAAGUAGUAAAAUUUGCACUUGAAGUACUUCGUAUCAAUCUGCUGUUGCAUCAUACCUUUCUGCCCCUUUUAUGACAAAUACAGGCAGAGCCAGUGGCCUGUUAGCCUAGUUUAGCAUUAAGAGUAGAAACUUGUCUGGCACUGAUUAAAUACAAACAUCCUGCUAGAACCUAGGAUUUGUAAUAAAAUGUGACAGAGAAUGUUGUGCAGCUACCUUAUCAAAGUACUUGGAUAAGUUAGAUGGAGAGGAGACUUUAGUUGGGUUUUGAGAAAGAGCUAGGGGCUGUUUCCAUUGUUCAUGCUAAGCUAAGCUAAUAGUUCAUGUUAAAGUCCAAGGCUUGGGCAAGAUGUUUCUCCUGACCAUAACCAACAAGCAGAUGGCUGAUAGGUGGAAUUUCUCAAAAUGUCGAACUAUUCUUUCAGAUGGUCCCUUACAGUGUGGACUCUGGUGAGGUCAGAGCCUGCAUCCUGUAAUGGCGGCUGUGUUUAGCUUCCUGGACAGACUACAGCAGCCCCGAGCUCCUUUGUAAGCGGUUUAAACUGUAAAACAUAAUGUUGUUGUUGUCUGACUCCUACGAGGUGAUUCCUGGAUUAAUCAGGUUUAAUCUAUUGAACAACUUUAAUGUCAAAUGAGGCGCAUAUUUUUUAAAAAAAGUACACAGCUGAUCAGAGAAGCAUAGGCCUGAGACUUACUGCUGUAUCUUAUCUCACUUCUCAACCAUGCAGGAAAUCAGACGAGAACUACUACCGCCAGUUUACAGCGUAAAUUAUUCACUCCGAUGGCGACAUCCAUGUGUACAGAUUUGUUGAGCCUUUGUAAAGCACAAGGAGAACGCUGGGAUUUUCUUUGUACACAUGUAGUUUGACAUAACAUUUGCUUAAUGAUGUUUCUGUUCAUUUGUGCUUCUAAACCAACUCCAUGAGUGUGUUUUAAUGAAAUUGACAUCAGGUUGCAAAAUAAUGUGUCCAGAUAUGGCUUUUUGUCCGUUGUCAUAUGGAUGGUAUGACAUUGUAAUAUAAAGUGAGUGAAAAAAAAAAUUUCUAUUAACAUAAAAUUUAACUUUGGAAUGUAAAAUACAA